AUGGGAAUGAUCGCAAGAAGUGGAAUAACAACUACUACUACAGCAGAGAAGAGGGUAAUGUUUACAGUGAACUCUCACAGUACUGUUGAGGCGGCGAAAUGGCACUACGGCUGCUCGAGUCUGCGUGAAAUGAGACUUGAUCACAACAUGGCUGUUGGCGUGAGUUCACACUGGGAUGGGUACAUUGCAAAGGAUGAAUUGAUGAGUCCAUACACUACUGGGGAACCCUCUGGUAUGUUUUACACCAUACUGACACUCUCUCUGUUUGAGGAUAUGAAAUUCUACCGGGCCAACUACAGCAUGGCAGAGACAAUGCGUUGGGGCAAUCACUCUGGAUGUGGUUUUCUCAUUAGUGACUGUGUAGAGAAAGGUGAGGGCAAACACUCGGAUGUGUUCUGUGAUAGUAGUGGUGCUACCAGAACAACAACUCUGCAGUGCACAUCAGACCGCUUUGCACUUGGGCACUGCACUCGUAGUCUCUCCUCGCAGCCUAUUUCUGUUUUCUCUGCAGACCACCGUGAAGAGAAGAGGGAGUGUGCUGUUGUGAAAGCCACUGCGGCAACUGUGUGUGAGAACGGCAGUGAAGCCCACAUGCCUGGCAGUCGUAUCGGUAAUACAUCACGUUGUCUGAAAGGAGAUGCACUGCGGCUGCGUGAUGUGUCUACUAUUGAUAUUCAUUCAAUCAUUGGAGAUAUCUGUGCAAAUGUGAAGUGUGAGGGUGGGAAAGUGAGUGUACAGUAUAAAGGGGAUGAUCAUUGGUAUGAAUGUAAGGAGGGCAGCAGUAUUUUACCCUCUGUUACUUCAGCCUUUAGUAGUGGCCGCAUUGUGUGUCCUCCAUACAGUGAGGUCUGCAUGGAUCUACCAAUAGAACCACCACCAACAGAGGCAGUAGUAGUGGAGGAGGUAUACAAUGUUACUGCAUCCAUCAAUUUAAUUAAUAGUUGA